AUAUUUUGCGAGUGGGAGGGUAGUUAUUGUAAAUAUGCAGACAUUUUCAGGGCUGACUUGACCUCCGCGCGUCCACCCUAUCCCAUACUUUCCCUCUUCAUCAAUCGCCGCCAGGCUGCCGACGAGCUUUUCUUCAUCGGAAACUGUUCAGAUAUGAAGAGGAUGAUAGCAUUAGGGUUUGAAGGAUCAGCCAACAAGAUAGGCGUUGGCGUCGUGACUCUAGACGGCACCAUAUUAUCAAACCCGCGUCACACCUAUAUCACCCCUCCUGGUCAUGGGUUUCUCCCUCGUGAAACCGCGCAUCACCAUCUGCAACACGUUCUUCCCCUGGUUAAAGAAGCCCUAGAAACUGCUCAAAUUACGUUGAAAGAUGUUAGCUGUCUUUGUUACACUAAAGGUCCAGGAAUGGGUGCACCGUUACAGGUUUCCGCUGUUGUUGUACGCGUUCUUUCACAGUUAUGGAAGAUUCCCAUUGUAGGUGUGAAUCACUGUGUUGCUCAUAUUGAAAUGGGGAGAGUUGUCACUGGGGCUGAUGAUCCGGUUGUUCUCUAUGUUAGCGGGGGAAACACGCAGGUAAUUGCAUACAGUGAAGGCAGAUACCGAAUUUUUGGGGAGACGAUUGAUAUAGCAAUAGGUAAUUGCUUGGACCGAUUUGCUAGAGUUUUAAUGUUGUCGAAUGAUCCAAGUCCAGGGUAUAACAUCGAGCAGCUUGCAAAAAAAGGAGAAAAGUUCAUAGAUAUCCCUUAUGUUGUAAAGGGAAUGGAUGUGUCUUUUAGCGGAAUACUGAGCUACAUUGAAUCGGAGGCUGAACAAAAGCUUAAAAACAAUGAGUGUACCCCCGCAGAUUUAUGCUACUCGUUGCAGGAAACGCUGUUUGCUAUGCUUGUUGAGAUUACAGAACGGGCAAUGGCUCACUGUGACAAGAAAGAUGUUUUGAUUGUUGGUGGGGUCGGGUGCAAUGUGCGGUUGCAAGAGAUGAUGAACGUGAUGUGUGGCGAAAGAGGUGGGAAGCUGUUUGCAACCGAUGAUAGGUAUUGCAUUGAUAACGGGGCAAUGAUUGCGUAUACAGGUCUUCUUGAAUACGCACAUGGAAAUACAACUCCAUUUGAAGAAUCCACUUUCACUCAGAGGUUUAGAACCGAUGAAGUGUGGGCGGUUUGGAGAGAUACCAAGAAGGAUCUAUCCAACGCCGAUAACAAGAUAACACAAAACGCGGUUGAAGAAGGAUCACUGGUGCGUUGAAAUGUCGUUCUUCUUUUAUGUGUGUUUACAUAUGAAUGUAGGAUCAUUGUAUUGAGUACAUUAUUGUCAUUUUUCGACCUGUUCGGCUGUUUGUAUGGUCAAUAUUACUCAACGUGGGAUUGAUUGAUGUUAUUAGAAGUGCUUUUAUUGAUAAGUUAUA